AUGUCGACGACAAUGGACGAUGCACAAUAUACACUUCUUGAAAAGCUUGGUACGGGAUCAUUCGGGGUAGUAUGGAAGGCAGUACGUAGAAAAACGGGAGAGAUUGUAGCUAUUAAACAGAUUGAUUUAGAAUCUACAGAUGAUGAUAUAGCGGAGAUACAGAGAGAAAUAGCUUUAUUAAGUGGGUGUGAUAGUCGAUAUGUUACUAAAUACUAUUCGUCAUUUGUUAAAGGGCAUAAACUUUGGAUUGUGAUGGAAUAUAUGGCAGGAGGAUCAGCGCUUGAUUUACUUAAACCGGGACCUUUUACAGAGGCACAAAUAGCUAUUUUAUGUAAAGAGCUUCUUGAGGGAUUAUGUUACUUACAUAGUGAGGGGAAGAUACAUAGGGAUAUAAAGGCUGCAAAUGUUUUAUUAUCAUUUUCAGGCCAAGUUAAAUUGGCGGAUUUUGGAGUAGCAGCACAACUUUCGAGUCAUAAAUCACGUCGUAAUACAUUUGUUGGAACACCUUUUUGGAUGGCGCCUGAAGUUAUUAGACAAUCUGGAUAUGAUUAUAAGGCAGAUGUAUGGUCACUUGGUAUUACAGCUAUCGAACUUGCACGUGGAGAACCACCUCUUUCGGAAUAUCAUCCAAUGAGAGUUCUUUUUCUUAUUCCGAAAGCCAAACCUCCAGUUCUUGAAGGAAAUUAUUCUAAAGAAUUUAAGGAUUUUGUAUCUUUAUGUUUAAUUAAAGAUGCAAGAGCUAGACCAUCAGCCAAGGAUCUUCUCAAACAUAAAUUUAUUAAAUCUGCAGGAAAACCGUCUCUUUUACAAGAACUUCUUGAAAGGCGACAUGAAUGGGAUAUAAGACGAGGAGAUAGACCUCAUCGUACUUAUGUAGAAACUAUAGAUACAUUACCUAUCGAUAAUCAUGAAGAAUGGAAUUUUGAUACCAUUAAACCAAAUAUUCUUUUGGAAAACGAAUCUACAGGAACAAUUCGAAAAGAUAUACAAGAAACUACUACUGCUUUACGUCGAAUUGAUCUUAAUGUUUAUGACUCGGAUACUAUUAAAGCACAUUCUCGUAAUGUUCAAUCAAAUUCUCCAAUAAAUGAAAUUCCUCCUAUUCCUAUCACUUUAGAAAAAGAUAAUAUAAUUAAAGAAGAUAUUCAAAAAAGUAUAUAUUUUUUAAAUAUUCUAAACUCUAAUUCUCUAAUAGUACAUAUCAUUGAUGAAAAAAAAGAACCUCUACAUACAAUUAAACCUGAUUUAUACCAACAAGUUUUUAAUAAGUCAAAUAAUGAUCCUGGAUAUAGAUUUUAUCAUGAUAUUUUAAAUCCAACUAUCGAAGAACUAAAAUCUCAAGAUGAUGUCUAUGUUUCUUCAAAUACAUUAAAUGAAUUAGCAAAAUCAUGGUAUAAUUUUGCAUCUUUAAAUCCAAAAGCUGAAACAUUAUUUAUUCAAAAACUUAUUCAAAAAUUAAAAAGUAACACCGAAUUAUGCGAUACAUUCAAUUUGAAUUUACAUUCAUCUCAAGAUAUUUCACUCAACACAAAUGAUACUUCCACAAAUAAAAAAUCUCCUACUGACACUCCUUCUAAACAAAAUUCUAGAAGUCCUAUUGCCGAAUUAUUAUAUAUUCGUUGGAUCGAAGGUUUAAAAAGUCGUUGGCAAUUUUCUUGA